AUGGCCUUCAUCAAGUCCAUCAAGAACUCCGCGUACCACUCCAGAUUCCAGACUCCCUUCAGAAGAAGAAGAGAAGGUAAGACGGACUACUAUGCCCGUAAGAGACUGGUCACCCAGCACAAGGCCAAGUACAACACGCCAAAGUACAGAUUGGUCGUGAGAUUCACCAACAAGGACAUCAUCUGCCAGGUUGUGUCCUCCACCAUCACCGGUGACAUUGUGUUGGCCGCUGCGUACUCGCACGAGCUGCCAAGAUACGGCAUCACGCACGGUUUGACCAACUGGUCCGCCGCGUACGCCACUGGUCUGCUGAUCGCCAGAAGAACCCUGCAGAAGUUGGGCUUGGACGAGACCUACAAGGGUGUCGAGGAGCCAGAGGGAGAGUACGAGCUAACCGAGGCUGUUGAGGACGGUCCAAGACCAUUCAAGGUGUACUUGGACAUUGGUUUGCAGAGAACCACCACCGGUGCUAGAGUCUUCGGUGCCUUGAAGGGUGCUUCUGACGGUGGUCUAUACGUUCCACACUCCGAGAACAGAUUCCCAGGCUGGGACUUCGAGUCCGAGGAGCUAGAUGCCGACUUGUUGAGAACCUACAUUUUCGGCGGCCACGUCUCCGCCUACAUGGAGGAGUUGGCCGACGACGACGAGGAGAGAUACUCCGAGUUGUUCAAGGGCUACAUCGCCGACGGCAUCGAGGCUGACGCCAUCGAGGACAUCUACACUGAGGCCCACGCCGCCAUCAGAGCUGACCCAUCCUUCAAGCCAACUGAGAAGAAGUUCACCAAGGAGCAGUACGCUGCCGAGUCUAAGAAGUUCAGACAGGUGAAGUUGACCAAGGAGGAGAGAAAGGCACGUGUCGCUGCCAAGAUCGCCGCCUUGGCUGCUCAGGAGUAA